AUGAGCGACGAUGAAUAUGAUGAGUUCGGGAAUUACGUUGGUCCAGAAAUUGAGCCCGAUGAGGAAGAAAUUCACUCUUACGCUUCCCGUCGAGAUCUUGUCGAUCUGAUGUCCAAUCCAGCCCGUGUCCGUAAUGUUGCUCUUGUUGGCCACAUCCAUCACGGAAAGACGAGUUUCAUGGACUUGCUUGUUGAGCAAACACAUCAGAUAUCUCCUCUGGAGAGUUCAGAGUAUAUGAGGUAUACGGAUACUAGGUCAGAUGAGCAAACUCUUCGUCGAUCCAUCAAAGCAGUACCAAUGUCUCUAGCGCUUGAGGAUAGCAGUUCGAAUCAUAUCCUCUGCAACAUUAUGGACGCUCCUGGCCAUCUUGACUUGUCCGAUGAAAUGACGGCUGCUCUGCGGCUUUCUGACGGUGCAGUCUUGGUGGUGGAUCCUUCCGAAGGAGUGAUGCUAAAUACAGAGAGAGCGAUUCAGCAUGCAAUCCAGGAAAACCUGCCUAUUGUAGUCGUCAUAACCAAGGUGGACAAGCUGAUAACAGAACUUAAUUUGCGCCCUGAGGUUGCUUACAACAAGUUGAGAGAUACUAUUAAGAUCAUCAACGACCAUAUCUCUGCUGUCUCAUCAGCUGCACAGAAUGUCACUACUAUAGAUCCUACUGUUGGGAAUGUUUGCUUUGCAAGUUCAACAAAGAUCUUGAAAACUAUCUUGGAUGACGAUGCUGUGAAUCUUUCUAAUGCUGUUUAUUGCCCAAUGAUCGGAGAGCCUAAGAAGAGCAUGGAAGCUAUUCUGGCAGGGUUUGGUGUGAGACUUCACAAUGCUGCUUAUACAAUGAAGGCUUGGCCUUUGCUGAGGUUGGCCUGUAGCAACGUUUUUGGUACUGCUUCUGGGUUCACUGAUAUGUUGGUUCAACAUAUACCUUCUGCUAAGGAUGCAGCUGGUUGGAAGGUCGAACACAUAUACACAGGGCCUAAAGACUCUAAGCUUUAUGAAGCAAUGAAACAAUGUACCUCCUCUGGGCCGCUCAUGAUCGAUGUCGUCAAAUUCUAUCCCAAGUCUGAUUGGAGCGCCUUGGAUGCUUUUGGUAGAGUCUAUAGCGGUACACUUAAGACUGGGCAGUCCGUGAAAAUAUUGCAGGAAGCUUAUACGGUGGAGGAAUAUGACGACACUCCAGUGAAAGAAGUUACAAACCUGUGGGUGUAUCAGGGUCGAUAUAGAUUGGCCAUAAGCACUGCAGGACCUGGCUCUUGGGUUCUUAUCGAAGGUAUAGAUGCAGGAAUUACAAAAACUGCUACAUUAUGCAACAGUAAAUAUGAUGUAUACCAUGGUAGUAAAUAUAAUGUUGAAGAUGCAUAUCUGUUCCAGCCGCUACAGUUCAAUACCCUUCCAUUGAUGAGAGUUUCUGCCGAGCCUUCACAUCCAACUGGGUUGCCAAUAGUGUUGGAGGGUCUUCGUUAUAUCAGCAGAACCUAUCCUCAUGCCAAUAUUAAAGUGGAGGAGUCUGCACUUCAUAUGAUUCUUGGUACUGGAGAAUUUCAGAUGAAUAGAAUUAUCAAAGACCUUUCCGAGUUCUGUUCUGAUUCUGGAGUAGAAAUCAAGGAUUCAGUUCCAGCGGUCUUAUUCCGUGAAACUGUGGUGGAAUCUUCUUCAAUGAAGUGUUCUGCUAAAACACCCAAGAGAAACAAAAUAACAAUGAUUGCUGAGCCUUUGGAGAAAGGUCUUGCAGAAGACAUUGAGAAUGUUGCUGUGAGCACUGACUGGACGAGCAAAGCUGUUGAUGAAUUUUUCAAAAGAAUGCAUAAAUGGGAUUUGCUUGAUGGUCAAUCUGUAUGGGCAUUUGGUCCUGAUGAGCAUGGACCUAAUGUUUUGCUGGAUGGCACUCUUUCUACUGAAGUUGACAAGGGAUUGCUUCGUGCUGUUAGGGAUUAUAUUGUCCACGGUUUUCAAUGGGCUGCACGACAAGGACCACUCUGUGAUGAGCCAAUGAGGAAUGUAAAAUUCAAAAUAGUUGAUGCAAUAUUUGCAUCUGAACUGUCGCAUGGGUGGCCGGAGGGGAUUGCUCCCACAACUAGGAGAGUGGCACAUUCAGCAUUUCUUAUGGCAGCUCCUCGACUUAUGGAACCUGUGUAUUACGUGGAGAUACAUACACCAGUGGACGACCUACCCAAAGUUCGUGAGGUAUUGUCACGUCGACAUAUAGAUAAAAUAACAGAUGUUAUUCUCCUUGGACCUCGAGGUUAUGUUCUUAAGAUGCUCUUAGAGGUCCCUACAAAGCGCCGAGUAUCUGUUCUCAUUGCAUUUGAUCACUGGGCUAUAGUACCUGGGGAUCCACUAGCCGAGAGCAGAGUCUUACAGCCAUAUGAGGCAACCCCCCCAACCCAGAAUCUUGCUCGUCAAUUUAUGAUGGAGACCAGGAAGUAUAAGGGAAUGAGCGAAGAUGUAGAUGUGGGUGGCGACGAGCCCUCUGAUGAGGAUUAGCAGUGGCUCCGCAAGCAAGCUAACAUUCACCAAAUAAUGUGAUCGAGAUUUUUGUUUGAAGGCGAUGCUCCAGGAAUGAAGUGUAACAGUGUUUUCUUUGUAGUUGAUUCGGACAUUAAGGCCAAGUGACUUUUGUCUCCAGUCUCCACCGCGGACUCCGCAUGGUUUAGAAGCUAAGUGGUACGCAUUUAUCAAUUGUACUCAUUGUUCCUCACAUUGUAGUAUGUCAUGUAUAUCGAAGUAUACCAACA